ACUUCGAUUAUGACCCGAUAGGACGGGCUUCUAAUUUCAAUAUAUCGAAUUAAUACUAGGAGGUGGGCUAAGGAAGACGGGCGAUAAGUUGGGAACAGGAUACUUUUUCUAUUUGACAUAGAAUUGGUGGAUAUAUAUAAUAAGCAGACGGGGCGGCAGCAUGUCGUCGUCAAUCGCGCCGUCGGGAGGGUUCUCUCUCUUCCCGAGCGCCAGUAUGUCCCAAACACCUCCGAGGAAGACGACGCCCAGGCCGCGCGCUAGCACGCCGCAAUCACCACGAGGACGUGGUCCAUCCGUGGAUAUGUCGCCCCCACGAAAUGGUCGACGCACGCCGGAUGGCCUGGCGGGGUAUAUAAUUGACGGGGCUCCAGCAGAAGCCAGUGAGCUCCGGAUGGCGUCAAACAAUCCAUUUUACCAGAGCGCAGCUGGUCCAUCCGCACAGACGCCUCCCUCGCCGCGUCCAAGCGUCCCACCGAAGGACGUCCCGCAGAGGACGGCCACACAAUUGUCAAAAGCGAGCACUGUUAUUGGCCGAAGCCCUAGUGAGAGAUCACGGAAUUCAAUAGCCAAGCGGCCGUUGGAGGAAAUGCCAGCAACUGUACCCGAGACAGAGACUGCCAUACGAUCGAUAUUUCCCCAGUAUGACCACGCAUUACCAUAUGAUCAACAACACUACUAUCCCACCCAAGCAAGCCCAACCCAUAUACCACGGACAGUAAUCAGCAGACAGUCCCAUAUACCGCAACAGAUUGAACCUAGGAGUCCCCCCAUUCGAAGUCCCAUACGGAGUCCGAUGAGUGCAGGGUCGGCUCAGCAACGCUGGCCGAGGCGGCCGCACGAACCUCCCGUGAUCCCACCCGUGAGUACUACCGAGGAGCUCCGGGACUACUGGAAAGCGGCGAAUGGGUGGAAGGCAUCCAGCGUUGAGGGACGGACGUUCUGUCUGAAACUCCUCCCGGAGAAGGACGCCCCUAUCUACACGUUGACGUCGAGGACGCAGCAGCCGCUGUAUCACAUGCGUAUCGACCCAACCUCAGCAUCCGCGUACGUAACGCUUAGUAGACAUGACCCUAGCAAGCCGUGCAAGGACAAGGACCCUACCGAGGCCUCGCGCAAUUCUACGGGCCUUCUGAGCGCAAUCCGCGAAGCCGAGGGCAAGCAGCCAUGGCAAGAAGCCCUAACUACAACGCUCGAAGAGCCGUCGCGGCGUCUACCUCCCAACGACGGCCUCGUGGCCCUGCUGUACCCGAGCGCCGCCGCCAAAGUAGCCAUGGAAAGACCGUACGACGUGGCGGCCGUAGCGGCCGCGGAGCGCGAAUGUGCGCGCCUCGUCUGGGACGAAGACAGCGCCAACUACUUCCUCGCGCACCCGGCGGUCGCGACGCCGUUCUGCAUCACGGUUGAGCGGAGCCCGGCGUGGAGCCGCACGGAGUACACAAUCGAGCACAUCGAAUCGCCGCAGCAUCUGGGCCGACUGACGCGAGACGGCACGGGCGAGGGGUGGAUGGAGCUCGACACGCUUGUCGCGAGCCGCAUCGAGAGCUACUACGCGCUGGACGUAGCCGCCGCAGCGCUCCUCCUCGUCGCGCGUCUGGACGAGAAGAACGUUCUCGUCGAGCAAUUCGCGCCUCCACCUGCCGUGCACCUGCGCGACGAGCAGCAGCCCUCGCGACUGUCGUUCCAGCGCAUGGGGAGCGCGCUCGGGAAGGACAAGAACAAGAAGAAGAGCAACAAGAAGCGCGGCCGCUUCGAGGUCUUCGAGCUGGAUCUCGAGAGCCAGGCUAGCAGUCUCGGGGCCAAGCUCGAUGUCAAACAGUCCGAAAAAGAAAAGCUACCGGGCACCGCGCGCACCAUUAUCAAGUUGCUUAGUUUCGCGUUCAAGUGCGUCAUCUGGGCGCUCACGCUCGCGUUUAAAGCCGCCAUGGCUAUCAUCGUGGGGCUGACGAGAUGCAUUACCAAGGACAAGUUGUGAUACACGGGACUAGUCUACGCGACGGCAUGGCUUGUCUCUGUUUGCUGCACCUGGAUAGCAAAAUGGGCGAAUAGGGUAGAACUGGGCGAAUCUUGGGUCGGGAAUCUUUGUACUAGUUGGAUACGGCUGCGCUAGAAACGGGCGAUGGGGGGUCUUUUGUCGCUUAC